GCGCCAAACCCAUCUCCCUUCCCCUUCCCCAUUCCCAUCCACCCAUCGCCAAUCAUCAGUCCGUGGCUGUUGCCCGAGCCCUUGGCCGGAGAUCCGUUUCCUUCGAUCCAGCCAACCGAGUGACCAAACCCAGCAACAACACAAUCCUUUCUCCCCCCAUCCCUGAUUCCUACCCCCGAACCGCAUCAACAGCAGGACGGCACCGAUAUAACCCUCUGCCCUCUUCCUUUUUGCUCAUGGUACAAGUACAGAAACACGGAAAAUACAUAUUUUUAUCCUGCCUCUCGUCGAUCACUAUCUUCCAUCAUACCUUCCCCUUGUUCCUGCCCCUUCCCCCUCCUCCAGGGCUUUCUCGUGCUGUGCAUGGGUGUUCUCCUCAUCCCUCUCCCGGGUGCUGCGCCUCUCCAUCGGACUUUUUUUUCUUUUCUUUCCCCCUUUGCUUGCUUGCUUGCUUGAUAAUCCGCCCCACUUAUCGUCAGGUCAUACCGGCGCUGCGUCCGUUACGGUAGCAUUUUACUUUGUGUGUCCUCCCUCUCUAACCUCAUACUACAGAGAGCUUUAAGACCCUAAUCGUACGGAAAGGGACAAGGGAAAAGGAAAAGAAAAAAAAAAAAAAGAAGAAAAGAAAAAGGGAAAACUUCCCCCUACAUACCCCCUCCGCUUCUCACUGUUCUCAUCCCUCCACCUUGUCUCUCCACCCACCUUUGCGUCCCCUCCCAUCCCGAGCACCCCGUUGUCACGACACACAGCACUCCAUAGUUCCCCUUCCUCAAACAGCACAAGCACAACCACGAACUCCUAGGCUGGAAUAAUCACCCCUUGUAAGCUUGAGCAGUAAAGCUCACCACUCUCUCCGCCGCUUUCCACAACGCCAAUUCUUCCUACGCUGGCGACCGUCGACGCGGCCCGGUACACCUUUCGGCCCCCCCGCACUGAUGACCCAAUUCUUCGGCUCAUCGUCGGGCUCGGCCUCCCAUCAGAAUGAGAAGAAGGGCCCGUCGUCACCAAACAACACUCGCUCCUCAUCCGCAUCUCACUUCCCGACAAAGCUGAAAAAUUUCUUUCGAAUAAACAGCAGCAACACGAACGUGUCGACCACCGGCGAGCUGCAGACCUCGUCGUCGUAUCUGGGGAGUAGCUUACGGCCCAAAUCGCGGUUCCUGAGGGGUCGAUCGACCUCCUCAGCUAGCCAGCUCGAUACCGCUGACGUUUCCCCUACGGCUAAUGCGAAUCCUUAUUUCGCUCACCAGGGGCCUCCCGCAUUGAGGCAUCAUAAUGAUGGGAGCGCUCCCCCCUCCCCGCCGGAGACCCCCGACGGGCUCUCCCUUUCUCCGCCCACUAUUAAUGGAGCUACCGGUGCCAACGACAAGGCGGCCCAAGCGAAUAAGGAAGAGUUGGCGAGAAAGUUGAGAAGGGUUGCUUCGGCGCCCAAUGCCCAGGGGCUCUUUUCGUCGGGUGGCCAGGACGGUAGGCCCGUCACCGCGGCCGAUAGUGAAAAGUAUAUGUCAUCCAAUUCACUCGCUCCCUCAACGCAGAGCAAUGGGUCGACCGGGGAACUGAGAAGCACUUCUACGGCGAAUUUGUUACCUGUGCCUAGCAAUAAUGAGGCGAUCCCUGAGAGGCUUCGCCCCGCGGCUUUCCGACGGACCUACAGUUCGAAUUCGAUCAAGGUUAGGAAUGUGGAGGUUGGUCCCCAGAGCUUUGAUAAGAUCAAGCUACUGGGUAAGGGGGAUGUUGGAAAGGUGUACUUGGUGCGGGAGAAAAAGAGCAGUAGGCUGUAUGCUAUGAAGGGUUAGUGGAUCUGCUGGAUCUCGCUACGCGGACUAUUGGCUAACUCUGGGUAGUGUUGAGCAAGAAGGAAAUGAUCAAGCGCAAUAAGAUCAAGAGGGCUUUGGCUGAGCAAGAGAUUCUUGCCACUAGUAAUCAUCCUUUUAUCGUUACGCUGUACCAUUCAUUCCAGUCCGAGGAUCACCUUUACCUUUGCAUGGAGUAUUGCAGUGGCGGCGAAUUCUUUAGAGGUAUGAUGCGUUGUUGGUACUUGGUAGCGUGAAUGGUUAUCUGAAAUUUUGUAGCUUUGCAGACGCGGCCGGGGAAGUGCGUAUUGGAGGAUGACGCAAGGUUUUACGCUGCCGAGGUUACGGCGGCGUUGGAGUACCUCCAUUUGAUGGGAUUCAUCUAUAGGGAUUUGAAGCCAGAGAGUGGGUUUUGCACUUCUCGGUUUCGAUUUGUUUGUCGCUGACGGUUUGUGAAGACAUUCUGCUGCAUCAGUCUGGCCACAUCAUGUUGUCCGACUUUGAUCUCUCGAAGCAGUCGGAUCCCGGUGGUGUUCCCACAAUGAUUGUGUCCAGGGGAGGAGCUUCACAGAACUCGUUGCCCACAAUCGAUACUAAAUCGUGUAUCGCCAACUUUCGAACAAACUCGUUUGUCGGAACAGAGGAGUAUAUCGCGCCGGAAGUAAUAAAGGGUUGCGGGCAUACUAGUGCUGUGGAUUGGUGGACGCUGGGCAUUCUGGUGUAUGAAAUGUUGUACGGAAUUACGCCUUUCAAGGGAAAGAGUCGGAACACCACGUUUGCAAAUAUUCUGAGAGACGAUGUUGGGUUCCCUGAGCACGCGGGGUCACCAUCCAUUUCGAAGUAGGUUGCGUGGAUGUCUGGUUGGACGGGUGUGUGUGUGCUGACCGAGCUAUAGUGUUUGCAAGUCGCUGAUUCGUAAACUCCUGGUAAAGGAUGAGAACCGUCGGCUCGGAUCCCGUGCUGGUGCUUCCGAUGUCAAGACACAUCCAUUCUUCCGCACAACACAGUGGGCAUUAUUACGCCACAUGAGGCCCCCAAUGGUUCCUAAUGCGGGUAAGGGAAUUGAUGCCGUCAACUUCCGAAGCGUUAAGGAGAGUGAGAGUGUCGAUAUCGGAGCAGCCAGAGUCCAAGGUGUCCCGUUGAAUAGCAAUCUGGACACGCCGGGGGAUAAAGAUUUUGACCCAUUCGAGGAGUUUAAUUCCGGUAUUUUUCACCAUUGCUUCCUGGCUUGUGAAGCCAUCAGUUGACAGCAUAUAUAGUGACCUUGCAUCAUGACGGUGACCACGACCAUCAUCAUCACCAACUGUCUGAAGACAAUUCGUCCGAAGACGCCGUACAUAUCAAGUCCGCGCAGAGGUAGAGCUAAAGAAACGAAGAAAAUGGAGGGGAGGGGACAUCACGCAAGUUCUGUUGUGCCUUUUUCUCCCCCUUUCUGCUUCGCAGACUCAACACACUUAAUUUUGGCCCUCUAAUUACGCAUACACGUACACGCGGAUUGCUUGCGAACUCUUUUUCCUUCCGUUUUAUCUCACUUUUUUCAAUUUUCAAUUUUUCAUAUUUUGGGAACAGGUGUAUUACGGUUUUCGCAUUUUUCUUCAUCCAUCUCGUUUCUUAUUAAGCAAAAAACGAAAAACCCCUUUUCAUUCCUUUCCGCUAUUCCACUUGGCUUGGGCAAAAAUGGGCCACCUUGUUUCUGCCCUCUGGCGCAGUUUCCGCGGAUUGGUGUGCCUUCUUUCUCAUAUAUCAAUAUACCCACGUUCUUUACUAGGGGGAGGGGGUGUUGCUUGCUUUUGAUGUCUUGUUUUUUGCCUUCCCGUUCGUGGCGGUUUGUAGCAUGAUAAGUACCAUAGUGAAGUUUAUUGGUGAUGUGUUUCGAUAUCGUCGGGGGUCUCUCUUAAAAAUGUUGGAUGGGUUGGUUGGUUGGCUGGCUGGUUGGCUGGUUGGUAUGGGGUUGGUGGGCGGAUGGAUGGAUGGGAUAUGGGUGAUGUAGGUUGGGAUAGGCCAAUAUAGGGAGAUUAUUUUAUUU